AUGCUGAAACCAAGUGGACUUAAAAUCCCUGGCAGGGCUGGGAAGCACUCCAGCCCAGUGGGACGGGCGUCAGGGACCACUGCUGCUGCUGUCACCACUGGCUCAAAAGAAGGCUCACCUUUACACAAGCAGGGCACCACCUCCACCGCCAGCGCCGAGAAGUCAGCUUCGAAGGUUGCCGAGGUGGGCGAUGAUUUCCUGGGAGACUUCGUGGUGGGCGAACGCGUCUGGGUGAACGGAGUGAAGCCAGGGGUGAUUCAGUACCUCGGGGAGACGCAGUUUGCUCCGGGCCAGUGGGCAGGGGUGGUUCUGGAUGAGCCUGUGGGUAAGAAUGACGGCUCUGUGGGCGGAGUGCGGUACUUCGAGUGCCAGCCGCUGCAGGGGAUUUUCACGCGACCCUCCAAGCUGACGCGGCAGCCGGUGGCCGAGGGCUCGGGGAGCGACGCCCCCUCCGUGGACUCGCUGACGGCUCAGAACUUGUCGCUGCACUCGGGCACGGCCACGCCGCCUCUCUCCACUCGCGUCAUCCCCCUGCGGGAGAGCGUCCUGAACAGCGCCAUGAAGACAGGCAACGAGUCCGGCUCCAACCUGUCCGACAGCGGCUCCGUCAAGAAGGGGGAGAAGGACUUACGGCUCGGAGAUCGCGUGCUGGUUGGUGGCACAAAGACAGGAGUUGUGCGCUACGUGGGCGAGACGGACUUUGCCAAAGGAGAGUGGUGUGGUGUGGAGCUGGAUGAGCCCCUGGGGAAGAACGAUGGGGCAGUGGCUGGGACAAGGUAUUUCCAGUGCCCCCCCAAGUUUGGCCUCUUCGCUCCCAUCCACAAGGUGAUCCGCAUCGGGUUCCCCUCCACCAGCCCUGCCAAGGCCAAGAAGAGCAAACGAAUGGCCAUGGGAGUGUCUGCCCUAACCCACAGCCCCAGCAGCUCCUCCAUCAGCUCUGUCAGCUCCGUGGCAUCGUCUGUUGGGGGCAGGCCCAGCCGCAGUGGGCUGCUGACAGAGACCUCUUCCCGCUAUGCCCGGAAAAUCUCUGGCACCACAGCUCUCCAGGAGGCCCUGAAGGAGAAGCAGCAGCACAUUGAGCAGCUGCUGGCAGAGCGUGACCUGGAGCGGGCUGAGGUUGCCAAAGCCACCAGCCACAUCUGUGAGGUGGAGAAAGAGAUUGCCAUCAUGAAGGCCCAACACGAGCAGUACGUGACGGAGGCAGAAGGAAAUCUCCAGCGAGCACGAGCACUGGUGGAUGGGAUGCAGAAGGAGAAGAUUGAACUCUUGAACCAGCUGGAGGAGGAGAAGAGGAAGGUGGAGGACUUGCAGUUCCGUGUGGAGGAAGAAUCCAUCACAAAGGGGGAUCUGGAGACUCAGACGCAGUUGGAGCAUGCCCGAAUACGGGAGCUCGAGCAGAGCCUGCUGUUUGAGAAGGCACAGGCUGAAAAACUCCUCAGAGAAUUAGAGGACACCAGGUUGACCACAGUAGCAGAGCAGUCCCGAAUCCUGCAGCUGGAGGAGGAGCUGAGCCUCCGGCGCAGCGAGGUGGAUGAGCUGCGGCAGUGCCUCAGGAGCUCUCACCAAGCAGAGACCCCAGAGCAUAGCCUUGGCUUGCAGUCAGAGGCUCUUCGCCUGCGAGAUCAGCUGCUGUCUGCCAACAAGGAGCAUCAGAAGGAGAGCAGCCAGCUGAAGGAGAAGUAUGAGAAGACGUUAAAGAAGUACCAGCAGGAGAUGGAGAAGCUGAAAUCUGUCAAUGAGAAGUACUCACAGGAGAUCGUUGACCUAAAGCAUAAAGUUCAGCAAGCCACCAAUGAGAACAUGGGGCUCAUGGACAAUUGGAAGUCCAAGUUGGACACGUUAGCUUCUGACCACCAGAAGUCUCUGGAGGACCUGAAAGCCACUUUGAACACAGGCACUGAUACCCAGCAUAAGGAGAUCGUAGAGCUGAAGGCAGUGGUGGAGAGUAUAAAGAUGGAGCACCAGCUUGAGCUGGAGAACCUGAAAGCAAAACAUGAUAUUGAGACAGCUGUUCAUAUAAAGGAGAAAGAAAGUCUCAAACUGAAGCUACAGGAGGCUGUGGAAGAAGUGGAAAAAAGCAACAGCAACUGGAAAGUGCAACUGGAAACCAAAAGCAAUCAGCACCUUCUUGAGCUCCAAGACGUGAAGGACAAGUGCCGAGACGCUGAGCUGAGGGUGCAUGAACUGGAGAAACUUCACAGUGAAUAUAAUGAUCAGACAGAAGCAAUAGCUUUCUUGAAAGAGCAGAUUUCUUUGGCUGAGAAGAAGAUGUUUGACUAUGAAACGUUACAGAAAGCAGAAGCCCAGAGCAAACAGGAGAUCCACAGACUGCAGGAAAAAGUGCUUGUCUUAGAGAACAAGUUGCAGUCCAUGGAGGCCCUGCAUCCCUCUCAGCAUGCAAAUAUGAUUGAAACUAAUGAUAUUUCAGAAGAAAAGAUAAAGAUGAAGCAGACUAUGGAAGACCUCCAAGACAAGCUGAGUAAAAGAGACAAGGAGGUGUCCUCACUGGUGUCCCAGACUGAAAGUCUAAGGGCCCAAGUAAGUGCUUUGGAAAAUAAAUGCAAAACAGCAGAAAAGAAGGCAGAUUCGGUGUUAAAAGAGAAGAAGAGGCUGGAAGGUGAACUGGAAGCCUUGACCAAGAAAACACACGAUGCUUCAGGGCAGCUGGUCCUCAUCAGCCAGGAGCUGCUCAAGAAGGAAAGGAGCCUGAACGAGCUGCGGGUGCUGCUGCUGGAGGCGAACCGGCACUCGCCCGGCCCCGAGCGGGACCUGAGCCGGGAAGUGCACAAAGCCGAGUGGCGCCUGAAGGAGCAGAAGCUCAAGGACGACAUCAAGGGGCUGCGAGAGAAACUGGUCGUGCUGGACAAGGAGAAGUCGGUAGGGGACCAGCGGCGAUACUCCCUGAUCGACCCCUCCUCGGAGUCAGAAGUGAUCCGGCUGCAGCACCGCCUCGUCAGCACCGAGGAUGUGCUGCGCAACGCCCUGGAGCAGGGCCACCAGAUGGAGAAGCUCAUGGAGGCGAUGAGGCUGUCCUCAGAGAAAACACAGACUGUUGGAAAUUCUGGGUCUGCUAACGGGAUUCACCAGCAGGAUAAAUCCCACAAGCAAGAGGAGAAGCUCUGAUAGAGAAGAGGUGAAGAG